CAUCCUUUCUCUUUAUUUUUCACCCCACCCGCUGUCUCCUAGACUUGAACCUCAUCAACCUAUACGCGUCGAGUUUUCUUUGUCAACCUUUUACGUCUCCGAUUCAUCAUGUCAGCCUUGUGGCAGGAGGCAAAAAAUCCUGAGGGUCGUGUCUAUUAUUACAAUGUUCAGACAAAAGCUACGCAAUGGACAAAACCUGUUGAGCUCAUGACUCCAGCUGAGAGAGCUCUCCAGGAUUUACCGUGGAAACAACACAAGACUGAAGAUGGCCGACCCUAUUGGUAUCACGCAGAAACGAGACAAACAACUUGGGAAAUGCCCGAAGCUUAUAAAGCGGCACUUGAGAGAAGCUCUCAGUCGCAAGCGCUGUCGCAUACCCCGCAAACAUUUGUCGCUGGGGGUACUCAACACUUUAAUAAUAGUUACGAAAAUAAUGAACGCCAGGUUGCAAUCCAAGGCCAACAUGGUCCGGAUUCAGGACCGGGUGGCGAUAAUGCCGCCAAAUCCAUGGCCCUCCCGUCUUCGCUCGGCAAUGAUAAAGAAGGCCCUCAAUAUUCCACCCAUGAUGAGGCGGAAGCAGCUUUCGUGAAGCUCUUGCGUCGAAGUGGUGUCGUCCCAGAUUGGACAUGGGAACAGACCAUGCGCUCGAUCAUUAAGGAGCCCCAAUAUCGGGCUCUAAAGGACCCGAAGGAUAGGAAGGCCGUCUUUGAGAAGUAUAUCGUUGAAUUAAAGCAGCAAGAACAUGAGAAGGCCAAAGAUAGGAUUACAAAGUUGAGACAGGACUUCGCAGUAAUGCUCAAGAGCCACCCGGAGAUUAAGUAUUAUACUAGAUGGAGGAUUGCCCGUCCUAUGAUUGAAGGUGAAACUAUUUUCCGCUCCUCUUCUGACGAGACAGAGCGCCGUCAGUUGUUUGACGAAUAUAUUGUCGAACUUCGCAAGGCCGAGCAAGAGCGCGAACACCAGCAUAGAAAGGAAGCCUCGGAGGAGUUGGUCGGGCUGCUCAAAUCGCUCGAUCUAGAGCCAUAUACACGUUGGUCAGAAGCCCAGGCCAUUAUCCAUCAGAAUGUGCGUUUUCAGUCUGAACCAAAGUUCCAGGCACUGUCCAAGCUUGACGUGUUGAACGCGUUUGAGAAUCAUAUAAAAGUACUCGAGCGAGCCUUCAAUGAUAAAAGGCAAAAAAUGAAGAACAUGAAGAUGCGGAAAGAGAGAAAGAAUCGGGAAGCAUUCUCCGCAUUAUUGGCUCAGCUUCGAUCUAAAGGUGAAAUCCGUGUGGGAACCAAAUGGAAACAUAUUCACCCAUCCAUCAAAGAUGAUGAGAGAUACCUUAACAUGCUUGGCCAACCAGGAUCCACCCCACUUGAUCUCUUUUGGGAUAUAAUGGAAGAAAUUGAACGAGAGCUCCGACUGAAGAGGAACCUGGUGAUGGAUAUAUUGGAUGAAAAGCGAUUUGAAAUCAGGGAACAAACUACUCUUGAAGAAUUUUCAAAUUUGCUUCAGUCUGACUCUCGUACCUCACAGUAUGACCGUGAAACGGUUUCGGCUCUGUUCGAUAGGCUCCGCGAGAAGAUCGUUAAACGAUUGGAAGAUGACCGCCACCAACAUGAACGUCAGCAGCGCCGCCGCACCGAUGCACUUCGUUCCGCAAUUAAACAUCUCGAGCCGGCGGUCGAAAUUUCGGAUACGUGGGAGCAAGUACGGCCUCGAAUUCAGAAAUUAGAGGAAUUCCAGGCUCUUGAGUCAGAAGAGUUGCGUCGUACGGCAUUUGAUAAGUAUAUCCGCCGGCUGAAGGAGAAACAUGAUGAUAGAGAAAAGGAGCGUGACAGAAAAGAUCGGGAUCGUGGGGAAAGGGUGCGUGACAAAGACAGGGAUACCAGGUCUUAUCGCGGUGAACCCGAAUUGCGCAAUGGCCAUGACUCUAGCAGGUCCUACCAUAAGCCUGCAGCAUCAUCUCGACAUCAUCACGAUUCUCAUCCGCUAAGCCGCUCGCCAGAGGUAGAUUCUUAUGAGGCUGAGAGAAGGAGGGCUGCUGGCGAACGGGAGAGACAGUACCAACAUAGAGGAAACACUGGUAGGAGCAAUUCCCAUCAUCGUUCUGAGAGAGGGGGGGGAGCAGAGAGCAGGCACGGACGCGAUAGGCAGGAGAGUGUCUAUGACCGUGAGCGCAGAGAGAGGGAGGAAGAGAGAGAAAGACUGUACAGGACCAGGGGCGAUGAUGAGUACCGUGCCAGGCGGAGGCCCAGGGGGUUAAGCCCGGCUGAAGAGAGUGAAGAUGGUAGGCGCGAUUCGAAGAGGUCUAGGCGUGAGCGUAGUCCACGAGAUAGAACCCCAAGGGAAAGGAAUUCGAGAGAUAGGACUCCUAGUAACUGGGAUGCUCGGUCACCCCCACGUGUUAAACAACUUGCCAAAUUAGUGGAUAAGGUGCAGGUUGAUAAGGAUGAGGAGAGCGAAGAAGGUGAAAUCGCCGAGUAGCAGGACCGAUCUCUAUUUUUCAUGUGGUAACGGUUUUCUUGUCCUUUUGAAAUUUUCGUCGAUGAGGAAAUGAUGGGGAAAUGUCUACAUUAACUGCUCUUACUUCACAGAUGGAUGGUUUGGAACCGCAACCAAGUGCGAUGAGCUGUCUUCUUUCCUAUUUCUCAAAUCCCCUUUUUGUAAAACCUUUAGCUAGCUUCUUUUCUCUCUUACCGGUGGCUUUUUGUCUACGCCGUCCCGCUGACACAGCUCUGGAGUGAUAGUUCGCCCAAAUUUGGAAAUAAUAAUCUUUGAAAACA